CGGGCGGCAGGAGGCGCGCCGCGCUCCGCACUUUCUCAUCUCGCCCUCCUCCCCUCGUUGCUGGGUUUAGGAGCAUCCCGUUCGUUUGGCUGUGGUUUCCAGUUGGACGCUGUCGGAAAUUGCUGCCACGUGAUGUCAGGGGACAGCGACUGCACGAGGACGAGUCCAUCCGCAGGGUCUCUGUCAGACACCGAGUUGCUGCCGGAUCGGCCGAAGUAUGUUUGCUCGCUGUCUCCUGAUCUCGUUACCAAAGCCCGGGAGGAGCUCCAAGAGAAACCCGAAUGGCGGCUCCGAGACGUGCAGGCGCUCCGAGACAUGGUGUGCAAAGACUACCCCUCCCUGGGGACCUGCCUGGAAGAUGCCUUUUUGCUCAGGUUCCUCAGAGCCAGGAAAUUCGAUUACGACCGAGCGCUCCAGCUCCUGGUGAAUUACCACAGCUGUCGGAGGAGCUGGCCUGAGGUCUUCAACAACUUGAAGCCUUCUGCAAUAAAGCCUGUCCUGGAGUCUGGUUUUGUCACUGUGCUGCCCCACCGGGACCCAGAGGGACGCCACGUUGUCUGCAUCCGUCCAGACAGAUGGACACCCAGUAAUUAUCCGAUUACUGAGAACAUUCGUGCCAUAUACUUAACGUUAGAAAAACUCAUUCAGUCCGAAGAGACCCAGGUGAAUGGAAUUGUAAUCCUGGCAGACUACAAAGGAGUCAGCUUAUCUAAGGCGUCUCAUUUUGGUCCUUUUGUAGCCAAAAAAGUGAUUGGAAUUCUUCAGGAUGGAUUUCCCAUUCGAAUAAAAGCUGUUAACAUAAUUAAUGAACCUCGUAUAUUCAAAGGCAUUUUUGCCAUCAUCAAGCCUUUUCUGAAGGAAAAGAUAGCAAACCGGUUUUUUCUUCAUGGCUCUGACCUGAAUUCUCUUCAUCAAAACAUUCCUCCAGUGAUUCUCCCUGAAGAAUACGGGGGUACUGCAGGGAAGCUGGACAUCUCAGCAUGGAACGAGCUGCUGCUGGCCUCCGAAGAGGAUUUCCUGCAUGACUUCUCACAGCUGGUUCUCCCGUGUGACAGCUCCCCCCAUGACAUGCUAGUGAGCGGGGAUGCUGAUGAAAAGCAAUGUGAUGAUUCCUUGCGAGGCGUGAAACCCCAGCUCUAUUACUGCUACUAAGAGGUGAAGGGAAGCUUUAUAGCAGUACAGACCUCUUCUGUUCUCGUAGGUGAUGUUGUGAACUCUGCCUUACUCCUAAACCUGCAGUUUAGGAACAGACUGCUGAGGCACUUUACACUGUAGAACCAAAGGAAGCUGAAGAAGGCACAGUGGGGGCAGGGCAGAGUUUGCAGAGGAUAAUGGGAAAGAGCAUACAGUUACCAAGUUAUAUAGAAUUCCUACAGCUAGUCAGCCUCUGGGGAAGGUGCAAACUUGCCAGUGUCUUCUAAUUAUCAAAACAGAAAUGCAGGAUGGUAAGUUUUGAUAGUUUCUUCUCCCCACCCCAGUUAAAAGUGGCCAUUUGCUAGCUUUAUGGUUGUCCAUUCCCUUCUCCUUCUGAAAGCACCCAUAAUCCAAGAAAAACAGCUGUCAGUUGCUUCUGAACCCUGUGAAAUGUAGUUCUGUCAGUGGAGAUUGCUUAAAACCAUAAGCGUUUGACUUGGCCUGUCCCCUAUCAUUGGGUGCAGAUUGUGAGCUGGCAUUUCUGGAAUAUCUGAAUGAAUAUUUGGCUCAAAUUAACACAGAAAGCUUUCUUAUCUAUGAAUAGCAGUAUGGGAAUUCUCUGAAACUUUCUCACAGAAAGAAGUUAACUAUUAAGACAGCAAAUAUAACAGGAUGAACAGAAGCAAUCUUCAUUUUCAGAAGACAGUGAAUUUCUCAGAUCAGGUAAUGAGACUUUUGAUUAAAUACAAGUUCAGAUACUGAGGUUUGGGAACCCAAUGCGAGAAACUGUCACCCACCUUUCCACGUUGUCAGUUGUUCUUUUCUGCAGCUGGUUGCAAUGAGAAAGUUGGUAAGUAACUCGCACAGAAUUUGUGAGGCAGCUUUGUAGCAGCUGGCAUGAUGUAAGGAGCCAACAUUCCCAUAGGAAAGCAAGGUGCUUCUUAAGCUUGCUGUAUUGGACAGGAUUUGAAUUUAACUCUGUGAAACCAAACGCAGACAGGCUAUUUGAAAGCACAUUCUUAAAUUUUCUGGUAUUGUAGCAUUUCCUUAUUUUAUUUUUUUUACUGUGCCUGUCUGCACUUUUGUGAAAUGUUACAACUCCGGUUUCUGCUUUGUUGAUCUCUUCUGUCUUCAGUUGUCAUGUUCUUGUAUGAAGAUAGACUUGAAUCUCAUCUCUGUAAUGUUUACCCAUAACUUGUAUGCCUGUGCUUAAAGGUCCUCGUCUAGAAACAGAGCUAAGACUCCAGUGUCACAUCAGGGUAAAGUAUCCUACAUUUUAAUCACCUGUUCCCACUCCCUAAGUUCCAUCUGUGUAAGUGGUCUAGAAUUAGAGCUUAACUGCCAGCACACUCUUUGCACACGUUCUUCUGCACUGCAGAGGUGUAGAGAUGGUAACCUCACUACAAGCAAGAAAGCACACCCAAUUAUUUCAAGGUGAAAUAUUUCACUGCUUGGUGAAAAAGAACAUCCCUUCUACCAGGGGACUUAUCUGUAGAGCACUUCCUCUGGCUGAAAUCCUUAUGCAGUGCCAAGUGUGACCUAAGCACCAACUGCGUUUCUGUGAAUGUAAAAAAAACCUGCUAUCUUGAGAAUUUCAGACAUUCGUUUUUCAAAGUGCCAAAUUCUGUCCUCUUCCCUCUCAGACCCCCCUGCAGCAUGACUGCAUUUCCAGAAACCUCCUGUGCCACGCAGUCAUGGCUUGCUGACCUGGCAAGAGAUGUCAUCCAGAAUCUUGGGGGUGCCAAAUGCCAGACCUCUCAUCUAAGCACUAUAAAAGCAGAUCAGGUUUUGAGAAGGGGUGAGCAAUGAGGCUUAUUCCUCAGUGGCAGUCCAGAAUUUCAGUGUAAGGAACUCAUCACUCGACCUGCUUUAGAAGAUCUAAAGAAAUUCAUUUUCCUCAUUUAUAGCAUUUUUUCCCCACCUUUAUAGUCUUACUCCUCUUUGAGGGUUGUGACCUUAAGCAUAGGUUUAAAAAAAACCAAACGCUUCCUGCUACAUAAAGUAAAGAAGUACUGCUAGGAACUUUCUCUUCACUUUUGACCAAAAUGAGGUGCGUGUUUUGCAGAGAUUUGAUUUGAUUUAGACCUUAGUAUGCAGGCCAUGACUUCAAAAACUAAGUGGCUGCCCACACUGUUUACCUGACAGAACACAGAGGCCGGUCUGGUCUUUAUAGCCUUUGAAUGCCUCUUAAUUCCACCACAAUAUACAGCCAAAUAAAAACAAACUGUUUUGACAGCUCUGUUAGAAAAGCUAUUUUGAUCCACUUAUUUAAAUACCGGAGAAGGAAGCUGAAUAUUCAGAAUUCAGUGUAAUAGCCAUCACAUGAAAAAAGGGGCAGUCAGCAGAAGGCUGCACCUGAGGAACCUUUAAAGGAACCAAUCCCUUUUCAGGCUCAUAUAUUCUCUUGCAUGGUCAGUAAAACAAACCCAUCUCACCUACUCCUUCUCUCCUGUGCUUACAGAAAAACUAAACCGUUUCUUUUAAUCUUUAACCUAAUAGAAAAUGAUAGGUUAUCCAAGCUGAAAACAGCUUGUGUUACACCUCCAAAACGUCUUAAAGCUGCACCCUCUAUGUCACGAUACAUCACUUCAACCACACUUACCUGUACCAAGCCUUUCACUAUUCCUUCUAGAUCUGUUCUUCCUUGGCUUUAGAACUUACUUAAGCUGUCUCUCUACCCCUUUCUAGGUUUGAAGCCAGUGCUCAGGGAGCACAGCUGUUUUAUGUGCACCUGACUACAAAGCUGAGAGCAUUCUUCAGGCUUUAGCACUUGCCAGCAAACAAAAAGGUUCUGUUCUCAAUAUUUAUCGUGUCAGAGUUGGAAAAUAAUCACUUGCUUUAACUGUAUAGUCUCCUUAUCUGCAGGUUAAGAGAACAGGUAGGAAAAGCUGUUCAAUUUAGAGGGUUUGAUUCCUCUUCCCCCUGCCCACUUCACAGCACUAGAACUGAUCUGACAUCUUAUUCUCCUUGACAGAACCUUGUUUUCAGAGGUUACAUGCCUCUGGAAAGCCAUCCCUGCCAGCCCAACACGUGACAAAUUCAAACUGUACUCAAACUGUAUGGGGUAGCCAUGGCUUUCAGCAUGAUGUAGGACAAGAGUUAGCUCCAUACUGUACAUAAAGAUACUUGAAUUUAUACUCUUGCAAUGGGUAUUAGAAACCCUGAGGUAUUUUCAGGACAGGGGUUGAUGUUUUGGUUGUUCUUGUUUUUGUUAAAUGUCAUUUUGGCAUGAAUUAAUCACGGUGUUAUUCCAACUGGUAAUUUUGCCUUUUGUUGUAUGUGGGCCUAGAGGUGGUGGAUGGUUAAGUGUACACAUUAUUUUGACAAAAUCUUAUUUUUAUAUUGCAUUUUAUAAAAAUGGAGUGGUCAAAAUAUGUAAUUUUAUGAUGCAUGACUGGGUGAUUAAAUACAUUACUGUAACAGCUGCUAAUUUGGUAUUUUC